CCCUUUCUCUAACUCCCUCCUUCCCUCUCUCACUCUCUUUCUUUUUCUCAUGUAAGUAACAUAUGAUCUUCUCAAAUAGCCUCUAUGUUAAUUUGCCUGUGCUUUCCUUCUCAAAAUCUCUUCUUAUUGUAUAAUUCUUCUCGCUUUGUAGUUUUUCUAUUCAAGUAAAGAUCCUUUUGUUUUCAUGUCAUCAUUUUGUAUUUGAUUUCAUGCUUUGUUUUCUCUAUAUACCAUUUCUUUCAUUAUGAAUACGGCUGUGUUCUACUCGAUGUAUACUUCAAAAUACAUGAUAUUAGCAGAUAUUUCUCCCUCUUAGCUGAGAAGCACAUGUAGGUCGACGUUAAUGACGCUUUUUGUGCACUGCCAUGCAAGUAAUUAACUAGUUUAGAACUCAUUCACAUCACAAACGCUUUAAUUCAAGUGCAUAUCAAGGAAAGCCUAAAUAGUGGAAUCCAACAACUUUUUGCCGAUCAUAAACGAGGAAUGGCCACUUUAUAGAUCCAUGGCCACAGAAGCGCGUUGCCGACAUUUAUUUAAUAAAGUCCCACAACGAUCAAUGAGAGCUUCUGAUUCGUUCCCCCCUUGGAUUUACCUGGCCUUUCUCAAGUGAGGAUAAAAGGAUGGCCAUGGACCCACCUUUCCUAGAGACCUACAAGACCCUCUUGGACAAAGCCACAGAAGGUGCUCAUGGUCAUAAAGAGGUUGUUAUUAUUGAGGAAUGUGAGCUUCCAUUGAUUGAUCUUGGCCGUUUAAAUCUUGGAAAAUUGGAGAAGGAAAAGUGCAAGUCAGAUAUUGCUAGGGAAUCACAAGAGUGGGGGUUCUUUCAAGUUGUGAAUCAUGGGAUUUCACGAGAGAUUUUGGAGAAAAUGAUGAGCGAACAAGUUAAGGUUUAUAGACAACCAUUUAAUAACAAGAGCAAAGAGUUAUUUAAUUUCUCUAGUGGGACUUAUCGAUGGGGGACACCUACAGCUACUUGCCGUGAGCAGUUGGCAUGGUCUGAAGCUUUUCAUAUUCCUAUGAAUGACAUACCGUUUUCCAAUGGUUUCAGUAGUCUCAGCUCGACAAUGGAACAAUUUGCUACAACUGUUGCCGAUCUAGCACAAAAAUUAGCUGCGAUUUUGGCAGAGAAGUUAGGCUUCAAAUCAAAUUUCUUUCAAGAAAACUGCCUGUCAAGCACUUGUUAUCUACGAAUGAACCGAUACCCGCCUUGUCCAAUCCCUUCAGAUGUAUUUGGCCUUAUGCCACACACUGACAGUGACUUUCUCACAAUAUUGUACCAAGAUGAAGUUGGAGGAUUGCAAUUAGUGAAAGAUGGGAAAUGGUUCGCUGUCAAGCCUAAUCCUGAGGCUCUAAUAGUCAACAUUGGAGACUUAUUCCAGGCUUGGAGCAACGAUGUUUAUAAGAGUGUCCAACACCGUGUUGUCACAAAUCCACGAGUUGAAAGGUUCUCAACAGCAUAUUUCUUCUGUCCUUCAUAUGAUACUGAGAUACAAAGCUGCUAUGAGCCUUCAGUUUAUAAGAAAUUUAGCUUUAGAAUGUAUAGACAACAAGUGCAAGAUGAUGUUAAGAAAUUAGGUCGUAAGGUAGGGCUCCCAAGGUUUCUUGUAUAAUAAAUAAUUUCUGUGAUUAAUUAAUGAAGAAAAUGUACUUUUGGGAAAUGAAAAUAUAUAGUUAUUAACAAUUUUUAAUAUAAUUAAAUUAUAGCUUGGUAGCGA